UGCUUUCCUGCUUUGCCCUUUCCAUUUGCAUCCCCCAGAUCAUCCGGACCCUCCAUGGAGAGCCCCUUGGAGAAGGCCUUGGCCAGCCUGGUCCUCACUUUCCACCGGUAUUCAGGCCAGGAAGGCAACCCCUUGACCCUCAGCAGGAAGGAGCUGAAGGAACUGGUCCAGAAGGAGCUGCAACUGGGAGAGCGCAUGAAGGAGAGCGGCAUCGACGUCCUGAUGCGCAGCCUGGACCAGAACAAGGACGAGGAGGUCGACUUCAAGGAGUUCACGGCCUUCCUCUCGGCCCUUUGCAUGGCUUACAACGACUUCUUCAAGCAGGGCGGCCAAUAAAGGGG